AUGACGUCACAAAUGCAGGGUCAUCGCUCAACACUAGGUUCCUGCACGGGUUCAGACCGGGAUAAUGCUGUGGGUUCGUGCAAGGGUUCAAGCUGGGAUGAUACUGCUAAGGGUUCAUGCAAGGGUUCAGACUGGGAUAAUGCUGAGGGUUCCAGCAAGGGUUCAGACUGGGAUAAUGCUGAGGGUUCCAGCAAGGGUUCAGGCUGGGGUGAUGCUGAGGGUUCCAGCAAGGGUUCAGACUGGGAUAAUGCUGAGGGUUCCAGCAAGGGUUCAGACUGGGAUAAUGCUGAAGGUUCCAGCAAGGGUUCAGGCUGGGAUGAUGCUGAGGGUUCCAGCAAGGGUUCAGACUGGGAUAAUGCUGAGGGUUCCAGCAAGGGUUCAGGCUGGGGUGAUGCUGAGGGUUCCAGCAAGGGUUCAGACUGGGAUAAUGCUGAGGGUUCCAGCAAGGGUUCAGACUGGGAUAAUGCUGAAGGUUCCAGCAAGGGUUCAGGCUGGGAUGAUGCUGAGGGUUCCAGCAAGGGUUCAGACUGGGAUAAUGCUGAGGGUUCCAGCAAGGGUUCAGACUGGGAUAAUGCUGAGGGUUCCAGCAAGGGUUCAGGCUGGGAUGAUGCUGCUAAGGGUUCAUGCAAGGAUUCAGAGUUAGAUGAUGCUGAGGGUUCCUGCAAGGGUUCAGGCUGGGAUGAUGCUGAGGGUUCAUGCAAGGGUUCAGACUGGAAUGAUGCUGAGGGUUCAUGCAAGGGUUCUGGUUGGGAUGAAGCUGAGAGUUCAUGCAAGGGUUCAGAGUGGGAUGAUGCUGAGGGUUCCUGCAAGGGUUCAGAGUGGGAUGAUGCUGAGAGUUCAUGCAAGGGUUCAGAGUGGGAUGAUGCUGAGGGUUCCUGCAAGGGUUCAGCGUUAGAUGAAGCUGAGAGUUCCUGCAAGGGUUCAGAGUUGGAUGAUCCUGAGAGUUCCUGCAAGGGUUCAAACUGGGAUGAUGCUGAGGGUUCGUGCAUGGGUCCAGACUGGGAUGAUGCUGAGGGUUCGUGCAUGGGUCCAGACUGGGAUGAUGCUGAGGGUUCGUGCAUGGGUUCAGGCUGGGAUGAUGCUGAGGGUUCAUGCAUGGGUCCAGACUGGGAUGAUGCUGAGGGUUCCUGCAAGGGUUCAGCGUUAGAUGAAGCUGAGAGUUCAUGCAAGGGUUCAGAGUGGGAUGAUGCUGAGAGUUCAUGCAAGGGUUCAGAGUGGGAUGAUGCUGAGGGUUCCUGCAAGGGUUCAGGCUGGGAUGAUGCUGAGGGUUCUUGCAAGGGUUCAGACUGGGAUGAUGCUGAGGGUUCCUGCAAGGGUUCAGCGUUAGAUGAAGCUGAGAGUUCAUGCAAGGGUUCAGAGUGGGAUGAUGCUGAGGGUUCCUGCAAGGGUUCAGAGUGGGAUGAUGCUGAGGGUUCUUGCAAGGGUUCAGACUGGGAUGAUGCUGAGGGUUCCUGCAAGGGUUCAGGCUGGGAUGAUGCUGAGAGUUCAUGCAAGGGUUCAGAGUGGGAUGAUGCUGAGGGUUCCUGCAAGGGUUCAGACUGGGAUGAUGCUGAGAGUUCAUGCAAGGGUUCAGAGUGGGAUGAUGCUGAGAGUUCAUGCAAGGGUUCAGAGUGGGAUGAUGCUGAGAGUUCAUGCAAGGGUUCAGAGUGGGAUGAUGCUGAGGGUUCCUGCAAGGGUUCAGAGUGGGAUGAUGCUGAGGGUUCUUGCAAGGGUUCAGACUGGGAUGAUGCUGAGGGUUCCUGCAAGGGUUCGGCGUUAGAUGAAGCUGAGAGUUCAUGCAAGGGUUCAGAGUGGGAUGAUGCUGAGAGUUCAUGCAAGGGUUCAGAGUGGGAUGAUGCUGAGGGUUCCUGCAAGGGUUCAGACUGGGAUGAUGCUGAGGGUUCCUGCAAGGGUUCAGAGUGGGAUGAUGCUGAGGGUUCCUGCAAGGGUUCAGGCUGGGAUGAAGCUGAGAGUUCAUGCAAGGGUUCAGAGUGGGAUGAUGCUGAGAGUUCAUGCAAGGGUUCAGGCUGA